AUGACACUUGAGGGAGAGCUACGUCAAAGUUCGGCAUUUUGGAAUGAAGUAGUACGCCCGUUCUCUCCGGUUACUCUAGAUAGACUGGCACUUAGUCGUAUGGAAUUAGUUACCGAUUUGUACGCGUCUCGAGGUGUCGAACCCGGUUCACUACCUUCCACAGAGAGCGCUGGCACUGGAUCACAAAACGGUUUCGCAUUGGACUCAGUGAUCCUCUUUACCGCACAAGCUCUAACCCAUCGAUCAAAUGAAUCAUUUGCAUGUCUUGCUUUGCUCGCUUAUUGUUCUCAUGCUAUCCCGUGUAUGGAUGUGGCUGUGUUUCCGAUCAAGGUACGUGAAGCGGCUGAAAAUCUCAUUGUCGCAUUGUAUCGAGCGGAGAAUCGAUUGGCGAUUCGUCGCUGUCUGCCAUCUCCGGAUGAUAUUAAAACUCAACGUCAUCCACUCUAUCGACGUCUGUUUGGCAAAUUCGAGCGAAUAGAUAAUAAGUAUGCACCGGUCGAUGGACAAUCCGUGGGGCAUGUUGCGAAUGCGGCGAAAAAGCAGAAGGAUUUAGCAGCACUUCAGGUAUGCGUCACGCCUAACUUUCUUUGUGCUUGCACUUCGUAA